AAAGCAUCAACGACCAAACAAAUCGACAUUUUCUGCUCGUCCAUUGCAUUUCUCUCUCUCUUUCUAACAGGAGAACGAAAGGCGAGGGAGAAAUGGCGCGUUUGGAUUCCCAACUCCCAAUCGAAUAAAAUCCCAGCUUGAGAGAUGGGGGGGAGUAUCUCUGCCCCAGAAACCAGAAACGCGCAGUCCAUCCACGAAUUCACCGUCAAGGAUAGCAGCGGGAAGGAAGUCGAUCUCGGCAUUUACAAGGGGAAGGUUCUUCUAGUUGUAAAUGUCGCUUCCAAAUGUGGUUAUACGAAUAAGAACUACACCCAAUUGACCGAGCUGCACGACAAAUACAAAGACAAAGAUUUCGAGAUCUUGGCAUUUCCAUGCAAUCAGUUCCUGCACCAAGAGCCUUCAACGAGCGAAGAUGUGAAGACGUUCGCAUGCACAAGAUUCAAGGUUGAAUUUCCGAUUUUUCAAAAGGUUUGUGUGAACGGUCCCAAGACAGCACCAGUCUACAAAUUUCUCAAAGACAGCACCCCCUCAUUCUUGGGAUCCAGAGUCAGGUGGAACUUCACCAAGUUUCUAGUUGAUAAGAAAGGCAAGGUCCUUGCUCGUUUCGGCACAACCACCCCCCCACUGUCCAUCGAGAAAGACAUCAAGAAAGCACUUGGAGAGACAUGAGACUUGUGUAUUUUAUUGUUUCUAGUGACUUAUGAUGUGAAUUAUAUGUAAGAAACUAUAGAUAUCAAUCUCUUAUUGAUACAUGUAUUGAGUAUUUGGGUGUUUUGA